UUUUAAAUAUGCUGACUAAUAAUUUGUAAUCUUGAACAUUACAGGUAAUAUUGAACGGUUUACAUUUGAGUUGAUGAUCAGGGAACAGUAAAGGUAAUAUUGAACGGUUUACAUUUGAGUUGAUGAUCAGGGAACAGUGAAGCAAGAGGUAUGGCUGAAUCUGAUCAGGAAAAGUAUGUGGUUGGGAUAGAUUUUGGAACUGCAUACUCUGGAUAUGCUUACGCAUCAAGUACCGAUUUUGGGAAUGACCCACCAACGUAUUAUAUAGCAGAAUGGAAAGAUGAUAAGCAUGCUUCAAAAAAGGCUCCUUCUACAGUUCUGUUAGAUGGAAUGAAAAACUUUGUUGCCUUUGGAUACGAAGCCGAACGUCAAUAUUCUGAACACCUAGAAUCUGAUGAUCAUAGACAAUACUAUUAUUUUACUCAGUUCAAAAUGGUGUUAUACAAUCAGUUAGUACGAAGUAAUACACCGAUCAUCGAUUUUACGGAAAAACAAAUGGAAGCGAUGGAGGUAUAUACCAAGAUAAUACAGUAUUUCAAGAGUCACGUGAAAGGUAGUAUAAAGAAAAAGACCGGUAUUGCCGUAAAAGAUGAUCAACUGUUCUUUGUUUUUACAAUACCUGCAGCUGGUACUGACGCCGCAGAGAAGUUCAUACAAGAAGCAGCUAAACAUGCUGAAAUAAUGUCGACACAUAUAACAAUAGCUGUUGAACCCAUAGUUGCGUCGAUGUUUUGCAAGGCACUGAGAACUACCAAAAGGGACGGUGCAUCAAACAGUAGUUCAACUAUUGAAGCCGGAAUGAAAUACAUGGUCAUUGAUCUUGGUGGAGGAUAUACUGACAUAACAGUACACCAAAAACAAAUUAAUGGUUCCAUUCAGGAAAUUAUACCUCAUUGUGGAAAUCCGUACGGAGGUACGUCAGUCGAUGAAGAAUUCCUCAAACUGUUGGCCGAAAUAUUUGGCAAAAAUGUUAUGGAAGAGUUUAAACGAAGCCAAAAUGAAGAUUUUAAAGAUUUAUGUGAUCAAUUUGAAUUUAAGAAAAGAAUAGUUAAGACAGAAAUGAGCAUUACCAUUUCCUUAUCCUCUUCAUUUAUGGAACUUGUUUUGAAGGUUCGAAAUAUCAGUGCUGACGACGCAGUUAAAAAGUAUCGGUACAAAAAUGAAAUUUAUUGUUCAAAUCAAAGGCUCAACAUAUUAAAAAGUGGUGUGAAGCGUCUUUUCGGAGAAACUAUUGAAUCAUUGAUGAAGUCCAUUGAACAUGUACUUUCCGAUGCAAAAGUGUCUGAUUUAGUAAAUGUGAUAAUGGUAGGAGGAUUUUCCCAAAAUGAAUUAGUAGAAGAAGCUGUGCGAAAGCAUGUAGGAACCUCCAUGAAUGUUAUUAUACCUGAGGAGGCAGAAAUAGCUGUCUUAAAAGGAGCCUUAAUAUAUGGAUUCUCUCAACAAAAAGACACUAGAAUUCUGCCUGAUUUGGAACGUAUGCAAUUGACCAAAAGGCCUCCGUGUGAGUUUUCUAAGCACAGUUUAACAGACAAGAAAAACAGAUCGACUACCAAAGAAGUAUAUAAAAAAGGUAAAGACGAAAGAGGGUUUUUACUGGUAAUAAACUUUGAGUUUGCAGGAAGGAAAGACGAGAGGACAGGUUCUCAAAAAGAUGUCGAUGAUUUGAAAACUUUCUUCGAAACACUGAAGUAUCAUGUGGAAUGUCGGUCAGAUAUAUCAAAAGAAGAGCUGGAAGAGUGCCUAAAGGAUAUAAGAGACACGUACCUUAUUGCAGAUGCUGACAAAUAUUACUCUUUUUUCUGUAUUGUUAUGAGUCAUGGCAACGCUGAAGGUAUCAAAACUUGUAAAGGAACCAUUACUACGGAUGAGAUUGUCGAGUACUUUAAAACCAGUAAAACGAAGCCAUUUAAAGGCAAGCCAAAGGUUUUCUUUUUUGAUAUGUGUCGAGAGAAACCGAAGCCGAUAAUUGGUGAACCAGAGGUUUUAUCAAACGCACCUGAAUCGGAUAGUUUCCAUGACGACAGUGAUACCUUAAUUGUGUACGCAGCAACGGAAGGUAAUCGGUCCUAUCUAAUGCCAAGCGGUAAAUGGAUAGGGUCAUUCUUUAUCCAGGCCUUUUUGUCUGUAGCAGAAGGUUCAUUACACAUAGAUGUAGAGGACAUACUGAGAGAUGUUAGACGAGAAUUAGCAAAUAAUUCUGAAUAUGCCAGGAUCGGAAAAGACAAGUGUAUGCUUUCAGAAAGUGAAACUAGAUUGUCAAAAAAGAUUUAUUUGUAAAUUUCAUGAGUCAUUUUACAAAAGAUCAAACGACAGUUGCGGUUUAUUUUGAUUUAUUCUGAUACAUUUAGUAUCAAUAUGUACCACAUUAUUGUAUAAAUGCCAUUGAUUAAUUCCAAGUCAUACAAACCUAUAUUGUAAAUUACAAAGCUGUGGUAAGUAUCAAAGUUUUGUGAAAUAUUUUACCACUAAGUCCACUCAAGCAUAGAUAAAAUAAUAGUUAAAUGUUAAACGAUAGCUAUAGUGUCAUUUCUUUUUUCUCCCACUUGGUUGAAAAGUAAUUAGAACAACAGGUGGGUUUUACGCAAGAACCACAAAAGUAUGUAAGGUAAAAACCAAGACUCAUGAAUUAGAUGUUAAAGCACUGUUACGGCUAGCAAAUGAUAUCCAUUCAAACUGUUCUAUUGGGAGUACACACAUUCCAAAAAGUAAAAUAACAAAAAUACAGAACUCCAAGGAAAAUUCGAAUCGGAAAGUCCCUUAUCAAAUGGCAAACUCAAAAGCUCAAACGAAAGGAAAACAACUGUCACAUUCCUGACUUGGUACAGGCAUUUCAAAAUGUGUUGUUUACAUAGUUUUCUUGUAAGUAACUGUUAAAGAAUUAUUUUUCAUGUUAUAUUUAUUUUCGUGAUUUUAGUUCUACUCUGAAAUUCCGAACGUCUUUGUGUGUUUAUAACAAUAUUUUUGUCAAAUAGAUUGACACACCCAACCUAUAACAAUAACCAUUCCUAAAUCGAGAAUAUAUAUGUUUUGUACUAAUGUAGGCAAUACAAUUUAUUUCUAGGAUAGUCACAAUUAAAUUUCAUUUCCUUAUUAAUACCCAUACAAAUAUAUAUAACACAUAUCGUAGAUAAAAUGUAGUAGGUACAAGAGCCACAACUAAAAUAAAAGGUUUCCACGUAAUUAUUUUCCUAGCAUUAAGCAUAUUUACAUUUUCCUGGUUUUAACUUAUUAAUUUGAUGUCGUCCAUAGUGUUUCUGAGUUUUGGUAAGAUAAAUUGUCUUCCUUUUCAUGUAGCCCUUAUUAUGUAAUAACUUGUAUAAAUGUUUUAAUAGUUUUUCUUUCUUUUUUUUUUCUUUGUUGAACUAUUUCUUUAUUUUUAUUUGUUCUCUGUUGACUUAUGUUGACUUGUUGAUUUUGUGUUUUUUUUUUAAGGAAUUAUAUAAUGUAGAUGUUUUGUCGUAUAUAUCGAAUGUUUUUAAUAACAGACGUAAUUAAAGUAUUCAUGUAAAUGCAAUUGUCAUAUUUUUAUUAUUUAUUAAGAAAGUUGCAUUCAGUAGAAGUUUUUAAGAUAGCAACGUAUAUUGAAACAAAUAACAGAAAAUCGUGGACAUACAAUAUCCAAAGCUCUCUCCGUACCACCAAUUUUUACAUUGUUCCUCGAAAUCUUUAUUAUUAUAUACAUAAUUUUCCUAAAUCUUCCCGUUUACAAUAACAACGUUUCCGAGCACAUCGGUCUAAAAUUGCCACGGGAACUUUCAAAAUUAAAGGAACUUGUUUUUACACAAAUUAUUUUCUUUUAAAAGAUUGUUUAAUGUUUGAACAAUUGAUGUAUGAGAUCGUUUGGACUUUUUGAUUAUGAUUUUUAAGGCUGCAUAUCAUUCUAUUGGGUUGAUAUUUUUUUUAUUAACAUGAAUAUAUUUAGGAAGGGUCCGUGUAACACUUAAUAAUCCAAAAUUUGAAAACGUUUUCGAAUUUUAGAUUUUUAAUUUUUUAUCAAAGUUUUAAAAUAUCAACAUUCCAAGUUUUUGAAAUGUUUUGAAAUUUUGAAAAUUUCACCAAAUAAUUAAGAUUUUAUAAUACUAUAAUUCGUUUUUGAAAUUUAAAAGUUUAGAUAUUUAAUCAAACUUUAAAAAUACUAAUCUUAAAUUGCAGUUUUGAUCAUUUGGCUUUUUGAAAGUUUAAUUUUUUUGAUUUUUGAUUAAAAAUUUAAGAAAGGUCUAAAAGGUAAAAUCAUUAUCACGAUGGCGCUUGCUGGAUUUUUCAGGCUCACAACAGGUCCUCUGGACAUCAACAGAUAUGAACUGGAACUACAAUUUAAGGAAAUGAACGCACGAUAACGUACAUCCAGCCAUUAUCAAUUGGAUUUACAAUUUCUUUUGAUCCAGUGGAGAUCGUACCAAGUUUUAAACAUGUACGUUAUUGAGGAUCAACAGCUCGACUUAUGAAAAAUAUCGAAUACAUAUAAAUGUCCUGUAGAUUUUUUUUAAUGAAGCUGUAUGGUUAUUUUCAAUAAGCAGAAACUAUUGAUUGGUUGCUUUCGGUGCUUAACGCCUAGUCGCCAAUAUUUCAUGCAUUAUCAGGUCGUGAACGUUUGUCAUACACUUUUCCAUGAAUCACCCUUAACCCGGAAAUUUACCUUUAUCCAUUACCCUUAACCAGGAAACAAAACUUUUCCAAAAUAUUUUCCAACAGAGCAAAAUGUUUUAUAGUAGGUCUUUUGAAAGGAUAUAUAGUAAAGUCAUAAAUAUAUUUAGAUGAGUAGUAUUAUGAUAAUUGGAAUAAAAUGCACAAAUAUUGAAUUAAUCCUUAUUUGUAAAGGGAGAAAUCAUUAAAAAUUUGUAUUUAAUGUAAAGGGAGACAACUGCAACGUAUUACUCUAAAACGGAAACAAUUUACUCUAUUUAGAAAAUACAAUAUGUAAAUAUUGAAUGCACAGCUUUUAAGGAGUAUAGCUAUUAUAAAAAACAAAACGCAUAUUUCAACACAAAAAUGCACAUCAAAGAUUAAAUCAACUAUAUAAUAAAUAAUAUAUAAAUAAAUGAAACCCAAAUGUAAUCUUAUUUCCUUCAACAAUCUUGCAGUUUAAAAAAAAAGUCCGAAAUUAAUUAUAUUUUUGUAUGAUUAAACGGGAAGAAAUAGUUGUACCUCCCCAAACAAAGUUUUGAUGUGUAGAUACACGAAUAAAUCUGUCUGUCCGUCGGCUUAUCUGCCGGUGUGCAUUGUAAGCGCAACUUCCCCAUAAACGGCUGGGCAGAUAUUUGAUGAAAAUUUCCAAAGUUGUAUAUAACAACCUGAUGAUGUGCAGAAAAGAUUAUUAUCCCUGUCUAACAUGUCAAAAUUGAGAAAAUCAAAUUUUCUUUUUUUAUAUAUGUUCCGGACCAUAUGAGUAGUUGGACCAUACGCGUAUGGUCAUGACGUUAUGCGUAUAUACUCAUAUGGUCCGACCAUACGUGUAUGGUCCGGUUAAUUAACACGAUUAAAAGGAGUCCAAUUAAUUAAGAGUUUCUAAAAAUGAAAGUUUUACUUAUUCAAUCAUAUUGUAAUCAUUGUUACAUGAUUAAUGAAAUAUAGUGAAUUUUGCUUACAAGUAAGAAUUAUAGUAAAAUCAUUUUUACAUGAUUAAUGAAAUAAAGUGAAUUUUGCUUACAAGUAAGACUUAUAGUAAAACCAUUUUUACAUGGUCAUUAUUGAUUUGUCCUUACAUUUGUACGAAACGCAAUAUGUCACAGAAGAAACAAAAAAUACAUUCACGGACAGAAUUAAUCGAACAAUAGACGGUUUCCUGGAAGAAAAAAAGGAACCAAUAACAACCAUAAUAAAAGAGGCGAAGGAAAAAAUUGGAGUGACAAGUAAAAGUGCAGGUACAGCAAGAUCAAUAAUGUACAAAAAAUUAGUGGAACUGAAAGACCUUAAUGACAGUAAGCUUUCCGAAUUCAAAGCAGCAAUCCGUUACAAACAAUCCGAAAAACACAAUGGACCAUAUGAUCAACGGAAAAGACACAGAGACAAUUAAUAUAAUUACUAAUUAGUGUUAUAAUACUAUGGAAAUUUGUUAUCAUGUUGUCAUUGGAUUUUCUAUUUCUUGUUCAAUAAAACAAGUGUUAAUCUGUCAUCUUAA